UAUAAAUAGGAUAGCACCGACCUUCCCCCCACCCCCGAAGCUCUUUCUUCUUCUCCCCCCAACAAACCCAAAACAGAAUCCUCCCGCCCAAACUUUGAAACCCAAAAACUCUGAAGAUCGGCAAUGGCGGCUUCCUUGCGCAGAGCCACGGUGCACGAUCUCUGCCAAAUGGAAGACUGCAGUCAGAGGUGCAUCCCCGAGCGCGACGCUUUCUUGGUGCAGCGGUUCACGGUCAGCGUGCUCUGCUGGCCUCAGCUGCAAUGGGUUGCGCAGGGCCAUGAUGGCCGGAUCGUCGGCUAUGUCACGGUCGAUAUGGACCAAAGGGAGGGGAUUGCUUACGUCAGGUCCAUUGCGGUAUUGCCGCCUCAUCGCCGGAGCGGCCUCGCCACCAAGCUCGUCAACUUGGCUCACUCUGACAUGAUUCGGGUUUAUGACGCCGAAUGUGCGAAAGUAAAUGUGAGGCAGAGUAACGAUGUUGCACUCAAGUUCUUCAGUAAUAAUAGACUGGGCUACACGGAACAUGAAUUGAUGAACCUAAACCAUGAAGAGGAUGAUGGUGAGCCUUUCUGUGUCUUGAGGAAGCAGCUGAGGGAAAGGCAGGAUGUCGAAGAUCAGCCUCGACCCGGUGCUGGUGAUGGUGGGGGUAAUCCAGGAGAUGAGGAAGUUGGACCAGCGAACCAUAGGCCAGAUGACCUUGGACUGGAGUGGUUGUUCAUUUAGGCCGUUUUCUUGAUGCCAACUUAAUCGCCAUUGUCUCUCAGCACGUACAUAUGCUUAGCUA